UAUGCAAAACAUCAACGAUAUCGUGUGACAUCCAUGGCAGUGGACGCUAUUAAUAAUGUUAUCCCGUUGCAGUUGUUUAAAGCUAUCCAAAACGUGCCUUCUGAAAGGCUUUUAGCUCCAGUUUUAUCAGAGGCAUGCCUGUUAUGGAUUCUCAAAAGUAAUGGAACAUCAGAAGAUGACAUUUCCCUCUCCACUGCCAUAGAGGUGGAAAGAUGCAUUAACGAAAUCAUUAAAUCAGCAAAUUUCGUACAGCUACACAUAGAUGCAAUAUUGUCAGCAGAUCUGCUGUUUAAGAGUGGUAUUGAAAAGCAGUGUGCACAUUUGAAUGCAACCAUUACUGAACUCUCCAGGCUUAAGCAGCAAUUACAGAAUUCAGGAAAUAAAACUAUCGCCUCAAGAAUAUAUCAGGCUGCUAGCAGUGUCCUGUGUGUCUGUGAUGAAGUUCGACUAAGAAAGAUCACAUUAGCUAUUGAGAAAGUAAAAGAAGCAGUGUUUCAGACUCAAAAAAUCUAUUCUGAGAAAGAAAGUGUUAGCUACUUAAUGACUUUGGACCAUGCUAAGCUGGUGUUAUUGGAUCUUUGUGAAGACUACCACACAGACAUACUAGACCGGUCUCUUAGAGAUACCUUUAUGAGUGCUGUUCACAAAGUCAGGGAUUCUGUCAGACGUCUGGAAGUGACUCUUCAGAGAGACCGGACAGAAUCUGAACAGACAAGCUGUAAGAGUGAAGUAGAAGAGCAGAUAACUGAACUGUGUUCCAGCCUGUCUGAACUCAGUGUGAUUGUGAAUUACCCGAUGACACAGCACAACACCGAGAUAGUUCCAAAACCUGUUUUUUUUGUAACCAAUGUAGAAAAGAUACUGAUGGCAUAUUCUGAAGCUAGCCGAUACGGUAUUAGCCCAAAUGUUGACGUGUGGAUGGGAAGGAUUGUGGAGCACAGUCUGAACAUUGCAUUGCUUUGUCGGAUUUGCCAACCUGACUACAAAUAUGUCAUUCUUGACAACUGCAAAAGGCUUCUUCAAGUGAACCGAAGAGCUGUGGAAUUGUCUGUUAUAGUCCGUGCCAGAAUGGGUUGCUUGCAGAUCAGAACUGAUUUAGAAAUUAUACAGGAGACAGUAAAAGACGAACUCUUGGAACUGGAAGAAAAUGUGAAUUUAGCACUGGUUGGUCUUAUAGUGGAAGUGUUCACUGAAACCACAGAACCCAUUGAGAACCUGGCUAACGACAUAAUACAUUCACACGAGGAUAAGUGUUAUCAGGUGCCAGAAUGUGUUGUGACCAAGUUCAUCCAUCAUUCCACUCAGAUCUGCCAGGUUGCUUUGUUAGUAGCUGCUUCCUCUUCUGACACUGAAGGUAUAAAGCACAUAGAGUCUGCGGUGUCUGGUUUAAAGACGUUUCACAGAUAUGCCCUUUCUGCUGUGAGAGGCGACCGUCGGAUGGCUGGUACAGAUGUUGUGGAGCACGUGAAGUCAGUGGAGAAAGGCUGGAGUGUACAUGUGUCGUCUCUUCUCCACGUCCUCUAUGAUAUCAUGGAACCAGAAGUCUUUCUUGAGGUAGCAGGUAAAUCAAUACACAGUGAUAUUUGUGUGACAUUUGCAUGUUUGCUGCAUAACGACCAGAGACAAGCUGUUAGAUGCAUACAGCGUGUUCUGGGUCAGUCAAAGCAGUUCAGUCAGUGUGCAUGUCAAACACUGAGCAACAGUGCUGAUGGAGUCUUCCGCAUUGGUUUCCAGGUUUACGUCAAUCAACUAAAUAGUGCUAUCAAUUCUCUUCAAGAUGUCACUCACCAUUUGCUUGAAGACCUGUGCAAUCCCAGAUACAAAGUGUUAAUAGAGACACAUCUGAAUGACUUACACAAGACCAUCAAGGGUGUGAGGUUGAAUGUUUCAAAAGUGAACCACCUCGACAUACUGAAUGUCAUCAAAGACUCGCGCUGUACUGACAUAAAGGUGAACAAAUCAGCAUCCAGUUGUGUACCUCAGUGUCUCCAGAAGUUGUUACCAAUAAAACUAGUUGCAGAGUCAGUGCCUUCAGAUGUAUUGAACAUCCACCAAACACCACUUUUAUCAUCAGGGUCGAAGUUGAACAUUCACCAAACCCCACUGGUAUCAUCAGGAUCGAUGUUGAACAUCAACCAAACACCACUGGUAUCAUCAGGGCCGAAGUUGAACAUUCACGAAACACCACUGGUAUCAUCGGGAUCGAUGUUGAACAUCAACCAAACACCACUGGUAUCAUCGGGAUCGAAGUCGAACAUCCACCAAACACCACUGGUAUCAUCAGGAUCGAUGUUGAACAUCAGCCAAACACCACUGGUAUCAUCAGGGCCGAAGUUGAACAUUCACCAAACACCACUGGUAUCAUCGGGAUCGAUGUUGAACAUCAACCAAACACCACUGGUAUCAUUGGGAUCGAAGUCGAACAUCCACCAAACACCACUGGUAUCAUCAGGAUUGAAGUCGAACAUCCAUCAAACAUCACCCGUAUCAUCAGGAUCGAAGCAGGGUGUUACAAGUCAAAAUGAAAAUGAUAAAGUGUCAUCAUCCAGUCUGUGUGACUUGUCCUGUACCAACAACAGCAAUGAUGUUUUAGGUUCAUCCCAUCAUCUCGUGUCUCUGUCUGAGAACCUGGUGAAAGCAGCAAUGGCUGACAACGAAGAUGAACUCAAACAUUUGCUUUCUGAUCUUAUCCACUGGACCAACCACACGGUUGACUGUGCACAGAAGUUACUCUUGUACGGCGAUGUGGUUGAUAAGAGAGAACUUGAGAACUUGUGCAAUGGUAUUAGUCAUUUGUCUUCCAAAAUCUCUGACACUGCUAAGUCAACUGAUGAACAGAAACAAGACGUGUUCCACACAGAUUGCAAAGCUUGGUCUGUGAUGUUGGACAGAGCCUGUGUACUGAUUGAUGACAUUGUUGAACAAUGGAAGAGUUGUACAGAUCUCAUUUUGGAAUUGGCAGGACACAAGGAUCACAGUUCGCUUGUAUCUCAGGUUGAUAUUUUGGUGUCCAACCAGCAGACUAUGACUGAUCUUCUUACCAGAGCAGCUUCGUUUUUCAUGUCAGAAAAGUUGGCUUCUGAGUCUGGUUUAACCUUCCUCCACAAAUCAAUAGAUGACCUUGUGGAUGUCACUGGGAAGAUUAAAAAACUUUCUAAUGAGAUGUCAGAUUCAGACAGUGUAUUGAGACUUCAGAUGUGUCGGCUGUGUCGCGAGUGGGCAGUCGUCAUGUUCUGCUCUCAAUGUUUCCUCAAGACCGUGUCAGCUCAAAUCAUAGAGGAUGAAGGUUGCAAAAUCCUCGGAUUCAAGUGGGCACAGAUAAAUGAGGAGGAUAUGGCAGAACUCUUUCAAAAGAUGGACGAGGAAAUGAUAAACAUUGGAGGUUUACUGGACUGUGUAUCUGUAGGAAAUGAUGAGAACAAGUCUCGGUCAUUUGAAUUGGUUUCUAAACUGACAUCAGUGUUGGAGGACAUUCAGACAUGUGUUCAGGAAAAUAGUCCACUUUCUGACAUGCCCCCAAUUCUCAAGUUACGAAAGAAUGUCCUUCUUGCACAGUGGAUCAUGAAAGUUAUUGAAGCCAGAGAGAUGAUCAAGGUAGAAACAAAGGACUUUCUUGAAGUACUUGAUCAUUUUGAGACGAGCGCCAUUGAUAUGAAUAUGGUACAUGAUGAUUCUUCUGAUGAAUUUAGGCUGUCAGAAUUUAAAGAUCAUUUGAAUCAGAUGAAAAACAAUAUGUUAGCCAUUCAGAAGAAAGUUUUGCUGGCAAUCAAGAUUUGCCCCAAUCUUGUCAAGAGAAAUCUGAUUGGUCGCUAUCUCAAUGAACUUACAUCACUGACAUCAGAAUUGGUGACCGGAUGGAAUUCAUUGGCUACGUCAGGUGAGAAUUUGAGAACUGGUCACAUGGACCCAGAAGUAUCCCAAUUGAAGCUGGAAUGGGCUGCAAAAAUAAAAAGACUGACACUGACAUUGAAAAAUAUGCCUGAUAUCAGGGCCAGCUUGGUUCCAGAAAUCAAGAAACUAAUAAACAGUCUUCUAGUUCAACCCACUGAACAUCCUGAGAACAAAAAGCCUGUAACAAAAACAUCUACAAGUGGUAAAAGUGACAGCCGGUUGAACUUACAGAAAAGGGAAGACAACUCACCUGACUUAAACAGUAACCAAAAUUGGAAGAUCACAAGCAAUUUGUCUUGUACAGCAACCAGGUACACCCUACUAUACCAAGACCCUGAUUACCUCCCCUGGGCUGAUGAUAGUAAUGCUGUUGUUAAACUAGCAAGACGAAUCGCCGAAGACAUGCUUACAAUUGAGCAUUUCAGCAGAAGUGGACAGUUUGAUACUGCUGGUAUUAACAGACUGUUUGAAAAAGCUCAGGCUGUGGCGGAAAAUGGAUCAAGGAUGGGGAGAUUUUUCAAGGUGCUAAUGGAUUACAGUGAAAACAGUUUAGUGGGUGAACUAAUGAACCGAACUGAACUGAUAGCCACAUACUCCUCUCAACUCCAGAUGAUAACUAAUGGACUGAAAAAUUCAGCAAGAUCAUCUCAAACCGUGCUGAUACUGCUUCAAAACAGCAAGAACUUGGUGGGAGCAAUUCUAGAUGCGUUUGUAGCUGCAGAAGUCGUCUGUAUAAAGGGACUUCAGAAGCCAGUUCCUGAUAUCUGUUCAGAAGAUGAGAGUAUCCUUGACCUUGUGACCCAGUGGCAGCAGACAUUACUGAAAUUCCAGGCCAAAGAAAACAGUCGAGCUCCAAUUGAUGAACUGGGCCUUCGACGUGUUGAUCAGCAGUGUUCUCCAUCAUUGACCGAUGUGUUAAAAAUACCAUCAUAACUCAUUGACUAAUCCUUGACCGAUGUGUUAAAAAUACCAUCAUCACUCAUUGACUAAUCGUAGACCGGUGUGUUAAAAAUACCAUCAUCACUCAUUGACUAAUCCUUGACCAAUGUGUUAAAAAUACCAUCAUCACUCAUUGACUAAUCCUUGACCAAUGUGUUAAAAAUACCAUCAUCACUCAUUGACUAAUCGUAGACCAAUGUGUUAAAAAUACCAUCAUCACUCAUUGACUAAUCGUAGACCGGUGUGUUAAAAAUACCAUCAUCACUCAUUGACUAAUCGUAGACCGGUGUGUUAAAAAUACCAUCAUCACUCAUUGACUAAUCGUAGACCGGUGUGUUAAAAAUACCAUCAUCACUCAUUGACUAAAACUAAUCCGUGACUGAUGUGUUAAAAAUACCAUCAUCACUCAUUGAUUAAUCGUAGACCGGUGUGUUAAAAAUACCAUCAUCACUCAUUGACUAAUCCUUGACCAAUGUGUUAAAAAUACCAUCAUCACUCAUUGACUAAUCCUUGACCAAUGUGUUAAAAAUACCAUCAUCACUCAUUGACUAAUCAUAGACCGGUGUGUUAAAAAUAACAUCAUCACUCAUUGACUAAUCGUAGACCAAUGUGUUAAAAAUACCAUCAUCACUCAUUGACUAAUCGUAGAUCAAUGUGUUAAAAAUACCAUCAUCACUCAUUGACUAAUCGUAGACCGGUGUGUUAAAAGUACCAUCAUCACUCAUUGACUAAUCCUUGACCAAUGUGUUAAAAAUACCAUCAUCACUCAUUGAUUAAAUCUAAUCCUAGACUGAUGUGUUAAAAGUACCAUCAUCACUGAUUGACUGAUUAUAGACCAAUGUGUUAGCAAUACCAUCGUCACUAAUUGAUGAAACUUAUUUAUUUGUGCAAUAGAUGACUAUGCUGACUGAUCUAUUUUGUCAGUUGGAAGUUACAAAAAAUAUUCUAGUCUUGGUGCAGGAUGUACAAAUGUAGCUCAGUAAAAAGUGAUAGGUUUCCUCUCUGUCUCUCUCUCUCUCUCUCUCUCUCUCUCUCUCUCUCUCUCUCUCUCUCUCUCUCUCUCUCU